UCCCUUCAGUGCCACGCGUUGGUUUUGUGAAUUUAUUCUCUAUAGUUAACGUGUUACACAGUUACAUAUAGUGAUUUCUCAUUAAUAAUGUUUGUGUAGCCAUGAGGUGUAAGUGUAGUGCAGUGUCUUGUGUCAGGGAGGCCAAGGAAGAGCGUAAAACACUUGAUAAUUGAGGAGAAAAAUGGAUGUGAUCCGUCACAUGGAGUCUGGUGAGAGUCGAUCACGUGUGUUUAAGAUGUUCAGUUUAGUGCCUUCUACUGUAUGAUUCUUGUGGGUUUAGCGCCUAGUUAUGAUGAUGAUUGUACUGUAUCAACGAUUAUGAACAAUGAUGAUAAAAUAAAGCGCACACAAGCAGGAACAACAAGUGUGUCAUCCUCCAGAACAACUUAUUCACGUAGUGAGACUGUGGGGAAAAAAUGGAGAAAUUAUUGUUGUGGGUUGACAGUAUUAACUAAAAUAACGUUCCUGUGACACAAGUGAUAAUUCUGGUCAACACCAGACAAUGGCGUAAAGAUGAACUCAAGCAAUGGCUCCACAGGUCCAAAAGAAACCCCACAGCUCUUUUUCCCUGACAAGUGGCUACCUCACUAGGAUGCAACGAAUUUCCAUGAGCCUGGAGUCACACGCCCAUAGAGGACUAGAACUGAAGAUCGGGCAAUCAUCCAUGCUGGCCCCCGUGUUGCCCUCUUCCAACCUCAGUCACAACAAGCCAAGCCAGGCGAACAUGGGCCAGCGAACACGGGUCAUUGAGCACGAGGAAGCGAACACGGGCUGCAAAACACGAGUUAGCGAGUACGGGCAAGUGAAUGCAGAGAAGCAACCACGAGCCAGUACAGGUGGUCAGAGACGAGCCAGAGAUGCCCAGAAGUGAGCAAGGGUAGCGUGAGCACACCUUCAAGGAACUACUGCAAGAUCUCAUUAACUUAAUUGUCAAGUAAGCUACU